UUAUUUUUCCAGUAUUUAUCCCCAUUAUAAUUUUUUAUUCAUAAAUAAAUUUAUAUAAUCAUAUCAUUCUACUUUCACUCACAACACACUUCAUUUCCUUCCUUCUUUCUUUCAUUUUUCAUGAACAACAACACCAACACAACACCAACGUUUUUAAUAGUUGUUACAAAACAAUGAAUCUCAUAAUUCAUUCAUUGUCUUGAUUUAGUUAUAUAGUUACUGUUUCUAAUUUUUCUGAAUUUUGAUGACAAAUAACCCUUUUACUCAGAAACCCAAGACAAAGAAAAGAAGAACAGGACAAGGGUAAUCAAAUUCAAUUUCUUUAAAAUAAAUAGUUUUUUGGGGGUUAAAAUGGAGGUUUUAGUGGGUCCCACUUUCACCAUCGACGUUCCUUCAUCUCCGCCGCCUUCCGAUCAGACCGUCGGCCGCCGCCGCCUCUUCAUGAAUGAAGAUGAAGCUCCGACAGCGUUUCGGAUCUCGGGACCAGCAAAGUUUUUCGGCGGCGGGUCGCCGGAAAGUUCGUCGUCGAUCGGAACUCCUGAUGACAGUGACAAUGAUGAGGAAGUUCAGAGUCAGAUGAAGCCAAGAAGUGGAUUGGGUUCGUUGGAUUCUUUAGAAGACUCUCUCCCCAUCAAGAGGGGAUUAUCGAGUCAUUUUGAAGGAAAAUCAAAAUCCUUCACAGAUCUAUCACAAGUAAGCAAUUUAACCGAGUUGCGGAAGCAAGAGAGUCCUUUUAACAAGAGAAGAAGGGUUCUAAUUGCAUCCAAAUUUUCAAGAAAAUCAUCUUUCUAUUCGUGGUCAAACCCUAAAUCCAUGCCUCUUUUGCCUGUUAAUGAGGAUCAUAAUGAUGAUUAUUAUGAUUAUGAAGAAGAGGAGAAGACCAGAAAAGUUUCAUCCUCUUCGUCUUCAUCUUCCUUGGGAGAGGAUAAGAAACAAGAAGAUCAAUAUCAGAUUGGGCAUGGUAGAAUGCAUGAAUCUUAUGCGGCUGAAAUGAGGCUUAGACUUAGAAGCUUUAAGUCAAGAAGCUUUUCUCUUGCGGAUCUACAAGAACAUGAUGACGAGGAAGAUGAUGAUGAAGAUGAUUAAUUAGUUUAUUAAUUAACAUUAACAUAAAGUUUUUUUCUUUUAUUCUUUUUUUUUUUGUUAAAUAAACUACUACUAAGUUAAUGAAUUGAAUAACUUGUAUCUCUCUCUUA